AUGUCCAGAGCAGCCCAGGUAGAGAGAAGCCCUGGGGUCUUGCCUGUUUGGGAGGCUCUGGCGGCGCUGGAUGGCUGGCGGCCGCCAACGACGGGGCAAGUACGUACCCGAGCCCGUAAUUGCAGUACUUUCAAGUUGUAUCCAUCCUUGAUCUUGGGCUCGUACCGCUACAUAUGCUACCUUAUUACUGGCAAGAUUGGGGGAGCUUCAAGUUCUGUCCCAUGCAACGCCAUGCCGUGUGCCCGCUCCACAGCCCAAAAGUCGCAGCCACUGAGCGAUUUGCCGCAUCAGUCAGCAUCAGCAAUCAGCAUCAAUUUUGCAUGCAACGAAUCUGUCAUAGGUACUUUUGAAGUUGCACUGCUGCUGGGCGCAAGAAUUCCACUAGAGAGGAGCUGA